GUUGUGGUCGGAAUUCUUCUUCGAGUUGAAUUCCGGCCAGGCUAUAUAUGUUUGGAGGAAAUCAGUAUUAAUUAGCCAAACCCUAACUCUUGAAGGAGACCAGCACAGGAGCUGCACUAUCGUUCUGUUCCUUUCUAUACCUUUUACCAUGGAUGACCCUGGCAAAAAUGUUGCUCCUGAGUUUGAGAUACCCGACCAAAUUGAAGAAGAAGAUGCAGACAAUCUAUCUGGAAACGGAUCUGCAGAGGAGAAAGAGACAAAUCCUAACAUAGAGUUGUUUGCAGCCGCCCGGAAAAGAAAGGCAGCUGCUACUGUUCAAGUCCUCGCUUAUGGAUUGAAUUGUAGUGUUGAGGAGAAAAGGAAGAGGAAAGUCGUGCAGGCCCGGAAAAAACUGCUAGAUCGUCCUGUUGGGUGGUCACCUUUUGGGUUGCCUGGUUGGGAUAGUGCAAAGACACGCACUGACUCUCGCGCCAUUAUCAAAGACCUUGUCAAGACAAUACCACUACCAUUUCAAGCCAAGGAUAAGGCUGAAGUACGAGGAAGAAGAAAUAAGGGAAAGCGUUCUAUAGAAAUCCCUCAAGGAGGAAAACUUAAGUCUGCAGCUUCAGUGGAAACAUAUGAUCACUCUUCUCUUACGACUCAAGGAGCUCCAACACCUGUGCUGGACGUUCCUGUAGACGUUUCAACAGAAAUAAGCUUUGCAGAAUUCAAUGAAUUCUUUAGCCCUACUGAGUUCGCAUGUGCUGAGACAUUGGCUACUGUUGCAGAGGUUCCCAUCUUUUACAAUCCAGACGGUGCUGUUGCAGAGGAUCCCAUCUCUUACAAUCAAGGAGAUGAUUAUGAAGAAGCACGCAAUAGGCUUUCUGCUAUCCUCUCACUGGAUUUUGAUCAUUUACUGCUUGAUCCUGACACCUUGGCCCGAACAUUACAUCUUUCAACUGCACUGAAGGAAAAUGCUGGUUUCAAUCCUUUUCAACUUGCAAUGCUGAAGAUGGUCGAGGAGAUACCUUUGCUGAGUGAUGACAUAGUAGAAUUCAAGGAUUUAAACAUGGAAAUAAAAACACUGUUCUCUGAGCUAGAGUCCAACAUCUUACGAGUUGCUUGCUCGUGGACAAAAUACAGAGAUUCGAUUAUAACAUUGAGCGAUCUGCAAGUUGAUGUGAGUGCCAAUCUAUAUGCUGCUAGGAUGCUUGAUCAUCAAAUUUUACAGCUUCAAACUCGUCGUGUGGAAUUGGCUAAUUUACUCGAGUCGAAGAAAAAUGCAAUGAUAGAGUUGAUUUCAGCUCAAACGAAAAUUGCUGGUACUCUUCCCAAAACUUCUGAUGAUGAACAAGUUGAAGCUGCUGACCUAAAGAAGCCAGGAGGAAGCACGAAGAAGAAACCAAUAAUUGAUAAUUGGGCCAAAAUCUUGGAUGGGUUUUUUCCGCUAAAGGAUUUUAUAUUUUAAUUAAGUUGCUGUAAUAAGUUGCUGUAAACCUCUAUCUUUAUGACCCUGUUUGAACUUGGUUGUUUGCAAGCUUUUU